ACAGCUUCAAGGACUCCAGUCCAGUAGGGGGCGCUAUGAAACUUAGAGAUUAGUCCGAAUUUCGUCUCCAGUCGCGCUGAUAGAAUGAAGAAGGUGGUUCGCGGGGUAGAUCCGGCACGAGGCUGCGGUGGGAUGUGAGCCGAAGCCCGUACGUACGUACUUACGUGUGUAUGCGCGCGCGCGCCAUGGAGCUGGACGUGUUGGACGCGCUGGAACAGCUCGGAUAUGAUGGUCCUUUAAAUAAUGAGCAGGUACUUUUGAAAGCAUCGGAGUGUGGUUUUUCUUCACCUGAAUACACCAGUCUGUGCUUGUGGCUGACUUUAAGACUUAAGCUCUUAUGCAGUUUGGAAGAAUGGACUCCCAUCAACGCAGAUGAUACCGAUGGACUUCAGUUACAGAUAAGCAGAUUACUGAAAGAGAUGUCCUGUCCGUACCCAUGUCUCAUGUCAGAGAACCUACUAGGAUCCCUAAAAAAUAAAGACAGCUGUCUCAAGCUUAUUUUGUUUUUAAGUUCAGAGCUGCAGGCUGCACAAAUAAUGCAUAGCAAACAUCUGCACAGCUGUGAGCUGGAUGAAGAGAGGACAGCCUUGCAGGAUCUAAGGGUCACUUGCAGAACACUGAAGCCCUCGGAGCCAAAAGGACGAUCUGCAGUGGACAUAUUCUCCGCCAUUGAAAGCAAGAUGAAACUUUUGUUAGAAGACCUGCCUAAAGAGCAUAUUGGCAAGCCUGCUUUGAAGGUCUCCCUUAACCCUGGACAGUGGGCGAAGUUGGAGCAGAUUAACUCGACUCUUUGCGCCGAGUACGAGUAUCGACGAAGGAUGUUAAUUAAGCGUUUGGAUGUCACUGUACAGUCCUUUGGUUGGUCAGAGAGAGCAAAGGAACAAAUAGACAGAAUGGCAAAAGCAUAUCAGCCCCUGAGAUAUUUGCUGACGUUUAAGGCAUCUGUGAGCCUUAGUCAUCUGCUAGCUGCAAGAGAAGACAUACGCAGUUUAAAGAAGACAAGCAGUGGAUUGAUUCGAGAGAAGACGGCAUGUGCCAUUAACAAGGUUUUAAUGGGUAGCGUGCCUGAUCGGGGUGGACGUCCAUCAGAAAUUGAAGCCCCUUUACCUGAAAUGCCAACAUGGCAGAAGAGGCAGGAUGGUGGAGGAAGAGGUGGUUGGCAUAAUAGAGAUAGAGGUGGGAUGAGAGGAGGUAGGGGUUACCAUGGACACAGAGGAAGGGAUUUUUGGGGAAGAUCGGACCAUUACCACUAUUAAGUCAUGUGUUUUGUAUUCAGGUGAAAUCAGAAGCUAUUGCAGAUUUUCUGUUGCUGAAGUGAAGGCCUGGAUGUAGUAUAUUAAUUUUAGUGUGGUGUGCCACGAAUGCUCAAAAUAGAUGAUAUUGUGUUGGAAGUAAUUAUUUGGAAGGUUAUUUUGUAAGAGAAAUAAGUUAUGGCUUUUUAAACAUUUUUUUGAAGAAUAAAUUCAUGGUUCCAGUUUUCACCAAAACUGACAUGGAACAUUUUGUCAAUCUGAAGAACUAUUUUUUUUAUUCUAAAAAUAUAUAAUUUAUAAGACUUGGGAAAUGUAGAACCAACGUGUAACCAUUUCUAUUUUAGUCAGUAUCAAUGUAUUUGUAUUGAACUCAAACUUGUAGCAUUGAUCUGAUUGACAACCAGUGAUCCACAGCUGGAAUGUUUGUAUAUUCCCUUAUCUGUCACUCUUCUCUAAAGGGACUUAAAAUGUUAAACUACCUGCAAUAAUUUACCCACUUAUACAGUUGGGUAUUUUUACUGGAGCAAUACAGGCAAAGUACCUUGC